AUGGGAGGUUGUCUUGGUAAGCAAAGUUACCAUCCCUCAGAUGAGCGAGGGAUUGAGGCUCAACAUGAGUCCCCUAUGGUAAAAACAAUGGUCCCAAAAGUAAGGAAGCAACAGUUUAAAAAACGAGUAUCCACAAGAGGUGUAAAUUUUCCUGAAUUGAACGUCAGUAUCUCGAAAGAGAUGAACAUUGACAAGCAAUAUCGCUGUAACCUGCAUAAGACAACUGGAGAUCAUAUUAAGGAGGGCUUCACAUUUGGGCGCUUUCCAAAGUGGAGAGGAUAUAAGAUGUGUGGUUUGUGUGAAAGUGAGGUCAACAGGACAACAGUCUAUGCUCAGAAAAAUCACCAGCAUAUUGUGGAACACAAGCCCUUAUGUAAAAAAUGCAAUGCGGCAGCGGUUGCAUAUGGUAUGAACAAUAAACAUUCAACAUCUGAAGGGCAGAAUCUCACCUACACCGCCCUAACACACCUUCUAGCAUUGACUGCCUUAGAUCUGACAGCACCUGCCAGUGACGCGUUACUGAAGAACCGAAAAAAUGCUUGGAUACAGCUGGCUGGUCAUCCAGGCUCAUUUGCCCCAGCUGGCCCAAAUACCAUCUGGAAACGUCGCAUCACCAAAGACAACACUGAAACGAAGGCAUAUGAGGCCCUGAUGGAGGACACGGCACACGAUAUUGUCCCGAUCUAUUACCGUGAAGUGGAAUACAAUUCUGAGUUCUUCAUAGAGAUGGAGGAUCUGUUACAACACUUCACCAACCCAAACAUCAUGGACAUCAAGAUUGGGAAAAGAACAUUCCUAGAGGCUGAGGUGAAGAACCCAGUACAGCGUCAAGACCUGUACGAAAAAAUGAUAGCGCUUGAUCCAAAUGCUCCCACAGAGAGUGAACAGAAAACUAAGUCCAUUACCAAACUGCGAUACAUGCAGUUUCGUGAACAGGAGAGUUCUACAGCUGAAUUUGGGUUUAGAAUUGAAGCACUGCGGCUUGCGGGAGAAGCUCCAGAGACAAAUUUAAAGAAGGUGAAGACAAAAGAUCAGAAUUUGUGCUUGCUAAAAAAGUACUUGAGGAACAAUGAAAAAGCCAGAUGUGAGAUUUGUGAGAAACUGCGCUGUGUAAGGAGGAAAUUUGAGAAAUCAGCAUUCCUAAUGUCACAUGAGAUGAUUGGUAGUUCCUUGUUAGUAAUGUAUGACAAUGAAGGUCACACAGGAGUGUGGAUGAUAGAUUUCUCCAAAGCGAUGGCAGUAGACGAAGGCAAAUUACUAACGCAUAGAAAACCAUGGGUGCUAGGCAACCAUGAAGAUGGCUACCUAUCAGGUUUAGACAAUCUAAUCAAGAUAUUUGAAGAAUUAGAAUUUCCAGAAUCUAGUAAAAAUUCUACAUCACAGACUUUUCCUUCGCAUUCCACAACAGAACGGUGAAGUUACUAUGUUAUGAUGACCUUGGUCAAGGUCGGAGUGUUAUGAUAUAGAGGUCACGUUCACAUUGACCUCAGAAAUACAUGCUGUGAUAACAAUGUUUUUUCUGUGAAAUUGAUCAUUAAGAGGAGUUGUCACAAGUUGCAUAGAGACUAGCAAGUGUCAAAAAGUUUACACACCUUUACUAUAAGUCUGGUCAGUGUUGGAGUUAUCUCCCCUGGAUGAAAAGCGGCAUAGUAUAUACAACUAUACACUCUAAAGCUUUCUAGUUGAUGCUUUACAUAUGGUUGUCAGCCUUUUAUCUUAUUUCAGUUAAGGUAACCUGUCAUAACUGGGAUAUGUAUAUUUGAUUAAUGGAAUCACUUAUUUAAGAUGUUGAUUUUUAGUUUGAACUUUUUUAUAAGGCAAAAAAGAUUUCAAAUUCACACAUAUAUGUUCUGAAUUUCCAUGCAUGACAAGAAUAGACAACUCUAAAGGGCAGAUGUGUAUAAGAUCCCCCCUCCCAUCCCAGAAGAAGGGGAGAUAACCAAAUCAGUAAAUACUGUGUUACUGGUAAUACCUGAUUAUCUGAUGAUAAUGUAUUCUUAUUGCAAUAAUUCAAUUAAUUUUGUCUGAGUUUGAAAAAGUAUGUUUACUUAUCAAACACUAGGUUGGAAAACUCAAUAGGA